AUGCCGGCGAUGCAGGCCUGCGAGAAUGCAAUGCGGCCCUCACGGCCUGCGGAGAGGGCCACAGCUGGAGCUGGGCGGCGCAUCUGCUGGCAGAGCUGCGUCAGCAGCGCCGCGGAGUGGGAGCUCUCCAUGGAGGUCUUGGGAUUCUUCCAGCGCCGGAGAACCAUUGACCUGGUGACGCAUAACGCGGCGGUGGCCGCAUGCGAGGGCCGCUUCGGGUGGCGAACCUCCCUCGCGCUCUUUGCGAAGCCGGAGCCGGAGCCGGACAUCCGCACGGUGAACACGGGACUCAGCGCCCUGAGUUGGAGCUCGGCGUGGCAGCAGGGCCUGGCGCUGCUGGAGGCCGCCGCUCGCCGCCGGAUCUUGGCCACGGAGGUCACGUGGAAAUCCUUGGCCACGGCGGCGCGCAGGAGCGCGCAGUGGCAGCUCUGUUGCUGGCUGCUGUCGGAGGAUUCCGAUGUGCUCACGCUGCAAGCGGCGCUGAGCGCCUGUGAGCUGUCCGGAUCCGCUGCCUCAGCGUCCCUGGUGCUGUUGGAGGACCCUUGA